UUCUCAUUUACAGUUUCGUAUGAAAUAAAAAUAGAUCGGACGAUUUAAAAUAAACUUAUUUGAUGUGUAGUUGACUAAAUUAUGUAAAAUAUGAUAUCUUGUAAAGCCUUUAUUCAAUACAGGUAAUUUGCCGUGUCUAGUUCAGGUAUUAUCAAUAUAAACAUCUAGUAUAUAUUUUGUACGUUACUUACAUUUUCAUUCGGAAAAAAAUAUCUUAAUGUGAGCAUUUAUUUGUUUUUUAAACUCAGUGAUAUUUAAAAGAUUCGUUGCCGGAAUAGUUUAAAGAUUUGAAAAAUGGAAAAUAUUAAAUUAUUUUGCACGACAAAUUUGAAAUAUGUUACUGCUGGUUUAGCAAUAAGUGUGACAACGAUAUUUAUAGUCCGGAAAAUACGGAACAGACAAAAGAAAAGGGUUUGUGGAGUAGACUACCCGGCGAACACUGUCAUAUUACAUCAGUUUGAGAGAGGAAAAACUGCACCGAGCGUCGGCCACUUUGUUAUGAAACUAGAGACAUUUCUCAGGGUCAAUAAAAUAACUUAUCAGUCGGAUUUCAACUACCGCAAUGGACCAAAAGGAAAGGUUCCGUGGAUUGAGUACAAUGGUACAACGAUGGGUGAUUCACACAUGAUUAUUGAAAUGUUGAAUAAGGAAUUUAAAAUUGACAUGGACAAUCAUUUGUCAGAGUACGAAAAAGCAGUAGCCUGGGCUAUUCAGAAGUGGAUAGAAGAAUAUAUGUAUUGGCUAAACGUCCACACACGAUGGGUUAUAUUCCCUUCCGAAAUGUUUGAAGAAGGACUUGCUAAUUUUUCAUCAGCAUUAAAACCGUUGAUACGAAGAAAGGCUUUGGAUAUGACGUUUAAAGUAGGAAUUGGUCGGCAUAGCAACAGUGAGGUGCACGAGCUAAUGGUGAAUGACCUCCGAAAAUUUUCACAAAUUCUAGGGAACAAAAUGUACAUAAUGGGAGACAAAAUGGCUGUCGUAGACUGUGCAGCAUUUGGAAUACUUUCGCAGAUACGAUGGUGUACUCCAUCCAAGUGUCCUGGAACAAAACUACUACAUAGUGGUGAACUCUCCAAUGUUGUAAGUUACAUGGACAGGAUAAAGGAUACGUAUUGGCCAGAUUGGGAAUCACUGACAGCAGACAAAUAGCGUACCUGAGCAACUGUAUUCAAAUCUGUUGAGUGGACCAACUGUUGAUAUAGCUCGCAUAUAAACAUUUUUUUUAAAUUAAUUUUUUGUGUUUGUUGUCUAUUUUGAACACAAAUGUGUAAGUGCAGUACAAAUAUACCGAGUUUCUUUUUUCUCAAACUAUUCUAUUUAGAUUUGAAUUUAAGAGGAUUUUUUAAGGAGUUAUAUGGCAUUUAUGAAUGGAUUUUAUUGUAAGUCCAAUGUAAAAUAUCGAUAUCUUAUGACGGAAAUUCAGGAGAGGUAACAAUAGUUUAAGUGUCGCAUUCACUUCAUUAUUUCUGUGACUGUAUAUUCGGAUUAUCACAGAUCUGGAUAAAUAUUCAUGCCGAUAUAGCUUUUACUCAUAAAGGGUCACGUGAAUGUGUGUGUUUGCGUUAGUGUACCCUCGCCACCGGAAAGAGACCACAUGGUGAAGCAAAACGUGAAUUGACGUUUUCGAGCUAUUUAACGCAGCCAAUGUACACACAACGUUUUACCUCCGCCAGUGAUGACAGAUUGCUGCAGUGAUGCUAGAAAUCUAAAAUUUGUUGAUUACAUGUAUGUGUUUAUUAACAUUACACAAAUAAGGACAAUUGCUGUAGACUAACUGUGCAUUGACUGGGGAUACUAUCAGAUAAUUUUGGUCUUGUUUCCUCAUGAAAUUUUCAUAAAAUGAGCAUGUUAGAAAUCGAAACAAUGAUAUUGAACUUAUCUACGUAGUAUGAAUAUACCAAGGAUGUUAAUAACCUGUCUGUAAUAAUCAGUACAUUUUAGAUUUCUGUCAUCACUGCAGCAACCUGUCAUUACUAGCGCUUGUAAUACGGUAUGAUAAAGUAUUAUUAGAGUAUCUGCGGGGUGAACAUUAAAGAAAGUGUUAGCUAUAUGAUAUGUCAUGUUGUUUCACUAUACUAUAAAUAUGAUAAUUAAUUUAUAUAUAUUUUAUAUUUUUAUUUUUUAUUUGCUACAAUACAUUGCAUAUUUUAUCUACAAGCUUGAAAUAAAAUGUAAAAAUGCUCAAGAUAUUAAAUGUUAUUAUAUCAAACAAUUUUCUGCAAUUGUGCAGAUUUUCUAUUCUUUCAGGAACAUAUGAAAAAUA